CGAAGCCGGGGUAGAUCUGUGGCUCGAUGGUGAGGGGUUGUCUGCCCCGAUAAGGCAUGAUAAGCACCGUGGCGUAAGCUCCUUAUUUACCACGCACCUUGGGCGAAGUUGCCUACUCAUAAGUCGCGGGUCAAUCGCAGUCGCAUCUUCAACCGGAAUCUCUCGAAGCCCAAAAUACUUAUCUCUACUCUGCUCUACUCUGCUCGUCUAUACAUACACCCCGCGUGCCUAGGUCGAUCACAUACCUACUCAUAGCGCAGCGGACGGCUACCUUUCCCGCUCAUUCGCACGCUGCUCGCAACCGACAUUCAACCCCCCCUUCGCAUUGCCACCGUCCGACUGCUCUCCGUGCCGCGGCGCCUGCGCAUCUCACCAUGGCAGCCAACAUACCUGCCAAGCUUAAACAGGCCGGCAUUACGCCCUUCGUCGUGCGCGCCACCCAGCUCGAGACGGCGAAGCCGGUUAUGUCCUAUUGGUGUCUCUACUGGGCCGUCAAUCAGAUUCUCGAGAAGCAACUCCACUCUGCAGACGACGACUGUCUGAAAUUUACCACCACUUUGAUGGAAAAGCUAGAAAAGACUAAGGACCAGCAAGCCGGCAACGACGCGAUCCUCGACGACGCCGCCGGCCAAGCAUAUGUCGAGCAGUUCGCGCAAGAGACUUUCGAGAGAGCCCUUCGUCCGCUGAAGGCGAACCGGGUCACCCAACAAACAGCCAGCACCUUCGAAGCCGCCGCCACCUUCUUCCAGCUAGUUAACAUCUGGGGCCUGCCGGACGCCGAGACGCAAGUGAAAAUCAAGUAUUCGAAAUGGAAUGCUGCGCGCAUACUGAAGGCUAUCAAAGAAGGCAAGGACCCGAACGAGUCGAAUCCGAAGGACGACGAGGCGAAGCAGGACGAAGCCAUGCCGCUGCUCGACCCGGCCGAUCCCGAAGUCAAGACGGUACUAAGAAUGGCGCGUCCAAGCGCGGCGACAGUGGAGGAUGCUUCGGACGAUGAGGCGCGGUUGCGGCUUCCAUCCAACCCGUACUCACGAACCUCACCAACGCUCGUGUCCGCGCCGACGUCGCCUCCAGGGACAGCUGCGAUGGCCCCCGAACAAGUCUCGCCCAUAGUGCCUCCCGGUGCGCCGACAUCGGACCCGGGGAGCUACUUUCCCGACGCGCCCGGCCAAGCCACCCUGGAUCUACCGUCUACGAUGGACAUGCCGCCCCCGGGGCCGCCGAUCUUUGAGCCGACAGGCCUCCCUCCCGGGAUACGGGGCCCCAGUUCUCACGAGGGCUACGACUCGUUCGCUGGCCGCGAGAUACCCUCGGCUCCUCAGGAGUUUUACCGGACUACGUCUCCGCCACCAGAGGCCACUCGUGCGCUCCCGGCAAUCCCUCCCCAGGUGCCUCAAGCCAGCCAUCACUAUCAACCUCCUCCGCAGCAAACCGCGCGCAGCACGGUGCCGCCCGCCGCAGCGCCGGCACAGCGGUAUGGCGGCGGCGGCGGCGGCAGCGGCAGCGGCAGCGCGCCGUCGCAUUCGUACAACACGGACGACAUGACGAUAGUGCAGGCGCAGAAGCACGCGAAGUGGGCGAUAUCGGCCCUCAACUUCGAGGACGUGCCGACGGCGGUGCGGGAGCUGCAGGCGGCACUAGCCAGCCUCGGCGCGCGGUGACGACGGCGCAUAGCGUGUGGAGGAGGUGUAUCGCCGCGAGGUGGCAGGCUGGGAGUCGGGGCGUGGGGAUUAUUUGAGAGGCCGUAGUAGGUGAACCUACCUAAGCGUCCAGCCUACAUAGUCGUCCGUUCUGCUAGGUGUUGUACGUAUCGAGAUGGGGACCUUACCUGUCUCGGGGAUAGGUAUUUGGCAUCUACCUACCUGCCUGCCUACCUGCGUAAUACUUAUACGAUAAGGCCAUUUCGGAUUUUUCGUCGACUGGCGGCUUGAAUUAAUACACACUAUAUUUCCGAGCCCGCCGACACAGAGAGAUGUCUAGGUGUCUUUAUACUAUGCUCACCGUAGGCUAGUAGGUUGGCGCGCGCGGGGCCGCAAACUAGGUAGGGGU